AUGCAACAGGUGAUGAAUGCCAUGCAAGUCGAGUCGCCAACCUCCACCGCCAUGGGCUUUUGGUGGGACUCGCUACCAGUUGAAGUACGCCAACAAAUACUAAGAUGGGUCAUUUUACCCAGCUCCGGGAAACGGUGCAACGGCCCAAAGGUGGCUCGAUUUGCAACAGUGUGUCGCGAAUGGCAGGAGAUUGUUGAGACUUGCACAUUCCGGCGUCUCGUCCUUGAUCCUAGCUCUGUCAGCGAGUUAGCAGCAAUCGUCAGACGAAACGACUCUCGCUUAGGAUAUAUCCGAAAACUCUGGCUUCAAGUUAAACUCGCCAGAUAUACGUGCCCUGCUUGCGAUGAACCAGAGGAUAGAGCAACACAGUAUUACAACAACACCAUCUUCACAACGUGUAUUCAGUCCCUACUGGAGACUCUUAAACUCUGGGAUCCUGCAAGGCAUGGCGUAUGGGGAAUAACGCUAACGCUAUCUAUUUCCUCCCCCAGCGAUACAGAGCAUCGACUCAACCGAUUCGAAAUAAAGGACGAUUAUCCAUUUCUUUACGCCGAGGACCUGGAUGAUCUUAAACCCAGCAUAUUUGACUUUCACAAGAUGAACGCUGUUAAUCCAAUGAACAUUUACUUUCACGGCGAUGGCCUUCCGCCGUUAUAUAACGAGCAUAUCACAAGGAUACAGGGAACUCCGCUUCGCUUACAAGCGCAGAGGAAUAACCGAGGCCGUUUUGUAACUCAACACAAGACCAGCCUUCCUGCGGUGCCCAUGAUUAAAGGGCUGGUCAUCCGCAGACAGUUUCGCAGGGAAAUUCACGUGGGAUCCUUGUCCCAGCUCCUUGGCCAAAGUUUUAUAGCACUUGAGUGGCUUCGCUUCGAGAGAACAAUCUCUUUAAACCCUUGUCAGCAAAUGUCUUUUGAUCGAGGCUUCCAGUUGCAAUUACUCCCAUCUCUGCCGACAACCUUGCGUCAGUUGUCCCUGACGCAGUGGGAAAUCCCUAAAACCGAACUUCUUGAUUAUGUCUACGAUGAGUCGGGAUCCCAGAUAUCUAUGCAUGCUACAGAAUACCUACCUCAAGAGAUGGCAAAGCUUUGUACAAGAUUAGAGCAUUUCUGCCCACCAUGGCAGAUGGAUACAGCAGCUUUUCUUCAGUUCAUGAUUAAGCCAGACACACCAUCCAAUAUGGCUGAAAGAAAGAGCUCCCUAAAACGCGCCAUCUUGCGCUGUCCGCUGCCAAAUUUAGAACACAGCGGGCGCGAUUUCGUCCGGCUGGUGAUUCUCGCGGCGAAAGCGGCCCUGCACUCUCUUCCGCAACUUGAAGUCAUGGAGCUUUGGGGCACAUGUGUUGACGGAGAAGAAGGCUCUGCCUACAUAUUCCGCUACAUGUACGAAACGAGUCGAUCCAGCAUCGUCUGGAGGAGCCUCGGAAACACCAUGCUUGCCCAAACGCGAGUUCUUGCCCAGUGGGGAGAGGUGGCACGGGAACAUCACCAGACAAUUCUCACGAGCGACGUCACCCCCUUUCUGGAGACGAAGAUGGAUGUGGCCAAAUCCAAGGGGACUUGCGUAUUCCAACAUUUGCUGCUAAAAGAUUUGGUGUUUGAUCCUAUCACGCAGAAACAUCUGGAGAUCGAAGCACACCUUUCCCCAUCGCAGCUGAGUGAUCCUCUGGAUGCAAAUGAUUCAUCUCCAGAAUUGCUGCCCAUAGAUCUGGAAGAAGUGACUGGUGUUGAAAUGGACGAUGACCUGGCGUCGCUGGAAGCAGAAAUAUUGGAUUGGGAGGCAAGCGUAGUGCUUUGA